AAACAAAAUAAAAUAAUAACAUAGAUAGAAAAGUACAUAGAAUUUAACAAAACACAAAACAGAGAAAAAUCUAAACAGUCACAACAAGUUCAUGAUCAGAGACAAUUUUACCUCGUAAUGAUGGAAGAAGAAGAAGAAGAAAAGGGUGACCUAGGUAAAGAUAAUGAUGUAACAAAUGUUGAAUUUGGUGUUUCAAUUUCAGACCCAAAAGGGAAAAAUGUUGUUAUGAAUUCUGAAACUCAGAACAAUGGAAUUGAAGAUGACUGGGAUGUGGAAGUGGAUAUAAUUGGGAAUUCUGGUUUCAAGGGUGUGGAAAAUAGUUGUAUGGAUUUGGCUGUUGUUGAGAGUUCGAGCUCCAGUUCUUAUGGCGACGCGUGUCCUGGUUCUGCAUUAACUGAUUCUGAUGAGGCGGAAUCGUCGAUUCGUGAUGAACGGAGUAAGGGUUUGCCUCGAUUGAGAAAGAGAAAAAUGACUGAUCAUUGGAAGAAGUUCAUCUUUCCUAUAAAGCAGCGAUGUAAAUGGCUAGAGAUUCAACUGAGGAAACUUGACUCCCAAGCAAAGAAAUACGAAGAAGCAAUUGCGGCAUAUGAUCAACAAAAACAACUUCGAUUUUUGAUGCCUGCGGGAGAUGUUUUGCAUAUCAAGUCAGUACCUAAAUCUGAUGGAAUUAAAAGAAAUGAAGUCAUGAUGAGAAAGAAAAGAAAGAGAGUUGAAGAAUGUGAUUUAUCAACAUAUAUGUCUAACCAUUGUUUAUUCUCUUACUAUGAGAAUAAAAACCGAGAUCAUGAUGUUCCUGUUGAAGAUUCUCGUAAUGAUGUCACGAGUGAUGUUGAUAAUGCUGAGGAGUUCAAGUUGAACGAUACGCGGUCUUCUGUAGAUCAUCGUAAGGAUACUGACAAAUCCUUCCUUGAGUUGAUUGAAAAGAUUGAAGAGUUGUCGUCACAAGUUGAGAACUUGAAAACUCGGAUUAAUACCGUGAUAACUGAAAAUCCAGGAAAGUUCAGUUCUAUAACUCAAUCGAACACAAUCGGGCCAUCUCGAAAUAACUCUGAGCUAUGUGAAGAAGAUCAACCUUGGAUGGAUAAUCCAUUAUCAACUGGUGAAGGGAUAACUCCUUCGAUCGAAGCUGCCAUUACGACUCAGUUUGAGGUUCCAGGGGAAGCCAAAGGGGAAUCCGAGGAAUUAGUUGAGGAGCAAAAACCUAUUUCUCUCGCUCAAGCUUCGGACUCUGACAUGGUCACCGAGAAUGUUGUACCUAGCAUUCGUUCUGUUAAACCGUGUUCAACAUUAAGGUCACCUUUCCCGAAGAACACGAGGACGGUAAGGAAGAGAUCUGGCCAGUAGAGUUUAAGCAGGAGAUGAUUGGUGGCAUUGUAUAUACAAUGAUUGUUUCUUCAAGAGCUUGUGGAUGCCAUUAGUUCAAGAAAUGAGUUCAUUUUAUACUAUGUGAAUAUGAAGAACAUGUUCUUUCUUCAAGGAUGCUGUUAGUUUUAUUUGUUAUUGUUUCUUAAUGUACUUGGGGAUUAUUACUUCAAUAAUUGAAUGAAUACUUUAUUUUA